UUAACUCUUUUGGAACAGAAGAAUUUAGGCUAGGAGGAGGAUCUGAAGGCCAUCUGGUCCCUUGCUCAUGGCAAAACUACUCUCAAAGGCAGGUCAGUCUGCUCUGGCUCUUGUCCUGUUGAGGUACAGAGACUCAACUUCUUCCCUGGGCAGUCCACUCCAGUGUUCCCUCACUUUUUCUGUAGGAAAUUUAGGUCAGUGUGCUGCUAUCACCUUCAGGGUUUCCAGACUUAGACCAGCAGGUUUCUAGUGUCUUUGUUUUCCAUAAGGUGCACUCUGUGAAGUACAAAUUUAACUAUGGCCCAAGUACUAGGCUACUGUAAGUGUUUUUGUGUAACUAGGAGUUCUGAUAAAGGUUCCUUGGAAGCUCUGACAGCAAUAUGCAGUUUACCUGGGCUGGAGCUUUACCCCCUUCUGCAGUGGGUGCCAGGGCUGGAUGUAAUGUGCCAUAACAUGCCAUCCUCCACCAGCCCAGACCCUGUGGCUACACCAGUACUCUGGCUGUGAAUUCCAUGGCUUAGUGCAAAAAAAAAAAAAAAAAAAUCUGGCUAGAGGCGGUGGUGUCAAAUACUACAGUAGGAUUUUAACAUGCCUCAAAGAAGGGAAUUAGGAGGUACCUUUGUUGAAACAUACCUUAAUUUUUUUUUCUCCCUCCUUACAAUUAAGAAACUGUUAGGACAGUUGGAGUGAUUAAAAUUACGUUCUUGUUAAUAAGAUUAGGAAUAUGGCCGGAAAUCCUACUUCUAGAGGACAAGAGCACUAAAGAUAAAAUGUGCUACCCCAAAUAACCUUUGCUGAGUGAGGGCCAGAUAACUUGGAGCAUCCUGUGCCCCAGCUUUGCAAAACCUUCAUCUGAUUACAGCAGCCAGUAGAAAUAUCACAAAUAGCAUAUGAACAGGUGCUCAAAUGCCUCUUGUGGCUUUGCCACUAAGGCAGCAGAUACAGUUUCAACUAAGAUUUCUUGUCCUGAGCUUUAUUCUUCAAAGCUAUACUUUUACUUCUGGUCUCACCUGGCUGGUUGCGAAUGCGGAACUAGACAUGCAAGUUAAAUGUGCUGUCUUCUGGGAGGAUUAUGAACUUUCUGAAGCACGUUUUCCUAGAUAUCUUCUGCGGCUUUUUACACAAGAGGAUAUUAAUGUUCCAGGGUAACCACUGUACUUCGAGAUUAGAUAAUUUCUGAUACCUAUAUACCUUCCCCAUCCCCAGUGCAGGUUAAGGAUUUUCCAUUCCUCUGUUCAGUGAAGACUCCUGGAGAAGUGCAGCCCAGUGAAUGACAUGUUUUGCACCUGCCUGUGAGGGCUGAGAAGGGUUCGCUGCAGCUCGCCUCCCUCUCUUUGUCGUACAGCCCUUCUCCACUGACAGCGGUUCAGCUCCCGAUGAAGGAGCAGAGCGCUCCCAGCGAGGUGCCGGCAGCCCUGAAGCGCCUGGCCAAAUACAUAGUGCGUGGUUUCUACGGUGUGGAGUGUUCCCUGGCCCUGGAUGUGCUGAUCCGCUACCCCUGUGUGAAAGAGGAUGACUUGUUACAGCUGCUCAAGUACGAGCAUAAGCAACUGCGCACCGUCCUCAACACGCUCAAGGCGGACAAGCUGCUGAAGCUGUGGGUGCAAGUGGAAACGGGGCCCAACGGGAAGAGCACGAGGCACAACUACUAUUACAUCAAUUACAAGACGCUGGUGGAUGUGGUAAAAUACAAACUGGAUCACGUACGCCGGAAAAUAGAAGUGGAUGAGCGGGAUUCAGCUACCAGAUCCUCUUUCAAGUGUCCAUCUUGCUCUAGCACGUACACGGACCUUGAAGUCAAUCAGCUCUUUGAUGCAUUUACAGAGACUUUCCACUGCACUUACUGCAAUACUGAAGUAGAGGAAGAUGGCUCAGCACUUCCGAAACACAAUGCUCGAACCUUGCUGGCGAAGUUCAACGAGCAGAUCGAGCCUGUCUUUGUGCUGCUGCGUGAGACUGAAGACAUCGUGCUGCCCUAUGACUUGCUGGAGCCUCAGCCAACAGAAAUACCAGAAUUAUCAGAAAGCUUUGAUCUGAAGUUGGGCUCAAGUGUGCUGGAAUCCUGCAGCUGCCCUGAAAAAUGGGCACACAGAAGUUCUGCUCUUGGCCUUACCUACACCCAAAACUUAAUUAUUGAUGUCCAAGACUCAAAGCACAAGAAAAUAAGAGAAAAAGCAACUGAAAAGCAACCUAUCUGGUUGUCACAGAGCACUGUGGAAGGAGCAGCAACACUCCCCAACAAAAGUAUUGGAGUAAAUGCUUCUGAAGAAACUGAAGAAAAUGUUAAAGAAACUGUCAGAGAUAAUGAAAUCAUCCAGACUCUUCUGAUCCAUGAAUCCAAGUCAUCAUCUAGCACAGAUCAUGCUCCUGUUGUCAAAAGUAAACUCCAUGGAUCACACAGUGAUGAUAACAGGGAGUUUGAAGAGGAUGCAAAGCACUCAAGAGCAGCAGGAAUGGAAGUAGCAGGUGACAACUUUGAACAAGAGGAAGAACAGGAAACUCUGGGUCCUAUUUUAAUGGUAGCUGGCCAACCCUGUUCAUAUGGUGAAGUUAGUGAAAACCCAGAGCUUGUGUCUCUCAUGACAAAGGAAGAGAGAGACACUUAUAUAAAAGUAGGACAAGAAAUAUUCCAGUCUGUCUUUGAGUAACUACUACUGUAGGAAUAUCCAACCUUGUAUAGAAUGGA